AUGGUCAAGUUCGUUAUUAGCAGUUCUGUUUACCAAGCCCAAAUAUCCGAUCUGUUGCCGUCGAAUGAUAAUUGUAAAGCUCAAUUGAUUUAUUCUUUGUUGAAUUCAUACGACGUUUUUAAAUAUUUUGACAAAGUUAUUAAGGUCCCUUAUGCCAGUAGAAAGGAUUUGGCUAGAUUUCACUCCAAGCAAUAUCUAGACGUUGCACUCGAUCCCCGCUUUAACAAGGAUACAGAAGAGAGCGAAGAUUGGGAAUACUUGCCGCAGCUGGUCAAUAGAUACUAUGAGGUGCAUGAAGACGUAUCCAAAGGUGAUGUCUGGUAUGAAUCAAAGUCAGAUUUAUAUAAGAAAUACAUUUCUUACAUAAAUGCUGCUGAUUAUGAUGAUUUUGGUGAAGAUUUUAACGACGGAGAAAGUUUCGAACCAGACUCCCUGGUUCGAUUUGGGUUGGUAGAUGAUUGUUUCCCUAUGGAUUAUUUGCCAAUGUACAUUCACACCAUUGCAGGGAGCACAUUAUCACUUGUUCGUGAACUAUCUAUAAAAGGCGAACCUACGAUUGCAAUAAAUUGGGACGGGGGUAGGCACCAUGCCUUUAAGUCAAGAGCUUCGGGUUUUUGUUAUAUAAAUGACAUUGUGCUUCUCAUUCAGGAAUUAAGGAAGAACGGAUAUUCUAGGGUAUCUUAUGUCGAUUUUGAUUUACAUCAUGGUGACGCAGUAGAAAGUGCAUUCCAGUACUCUAGAAAUGUUCAAACGUGCUCAUUACAUUUGUUCGAGGCUGGAUUCUUCCCGGGAACAGGCAGUUUCAAAAAUUGUAGGGAAACUAAUGUUGUUAACAUUCCAUUAUUUCAUGGUUUAGAUGAUGAAUCGUUAGAUGAGAUUGUAGACAACAUUUUAAUACCCUGUGUAAAUAAACAUGACCCUGAGGUUCUCGUUAUUCAAUGCGGCGCGGAUGGCUUAAGUGGUGAUAAAUAUAAGGAAUGGCAAUUAACUAUCCAUGGACUGACAAGAAAUAUCUUGAAGUUGGUGGAUAUACAUUCCUAUAAAAAAGUUGUACUUUUGGGUGGGGGAGGUUACAAUCCAACAUUACAAAGCAGAUUUUACACAUACGUCACGGUUUGUCUUCUUAAAUAUCACAAGGGGAUCCCCUCGUUAAUCAGCGACAGUGAGGAUGAGCAUAUCAUUGAGCAUCACUUGAUUGACUUUUACAGGAAAGAAGCUUAUAAGUUCUGGUACUAUGAGUAUGAAGGCCUCGGUAGUAAAAAGCUUAUAAACUACAAUAAUAAGGAAACUUUACGUGAACUGAAAGUUUUGUUCGGUUCUACUGAUGUACUAUCUUGA